AAAAAAUAAUUUUAUAACUCAACGUAACAAAAUUACCCAAAAAUAGAAGAAGUAUUUGAUAAUUUAAAAGUGCUUGAAUUUCUCUAUCGGUUCUAUAAGAAUUUUCAUUCAUGAAUUUAUUUUCCCUCCUUAUAGCAGCCAAUAGAAUGGCAACAGUUGCCAAGUGGUGGGAGACCUUCACAUGCAAUUCGCCUCGAUUUAUUUUUAUAUUCGAAUUCAGUCAGUCACCCAGUGGUGCCUAAAUUAUAAUUGCAGCUAUAAUAAACGGAGUCAACAAGUUGAAAACUCGAUAGUCUCUUCGAGGGAUCUAUAUAAAAAUAAACAGGAAUCGAAUAAUUGAAGGAUGUCAUCGGAUAAUCUAGGACGUGCCACUCCACCUAAUGAGGAAGCAAAGAGUGCGGGUCAACCCCUGUCAGAUUUCCUAGUUCAAUUAGAGGACUACACACCAACAGUACCUGAUGCGAUAAGUGAAUAUUACCUGCACACAGCAGGAUUCAACUCAACGGAUCCUCGAAUAGUUCGAUUAGUCUCAUUGGCAGCUCAAAAAUUCAUCUCAGAAAUUGCCAACGACGCCCUGCAGCACUGCAAAACCAGAGGCGCCAGUCAAACGACUAAAUCAAAGGGCAAAGAUCGGAGAUACACAUUGACGAUGGAAGACCUCACACCAGCUGUAGCCGAAUACGGGAUAAUCGUCAAGAAGCCUCAUUAUUUCGUAUAAAAUUACCAUCCCCAACCCCUCAAUUUUUGUAAGUCUUGUAAUUACCUGCUACCCAGACAAUAACACCCAUUAUAUCGAAUGCUAAUCCUUUAGUCAUUUCGAUAUUCACGAAUAAAUUCCACUGCAUCAGAGUAA